GUAUAUCAUCUCGCACCCUGGUCGACCGUGGUCUAUUACUGCACAAUCAAAAGCGCGAUACCUGCACAUAAGAGCUUGUCGACAGACUGCCUUUCAUGUAACGAAGCCUUUCUUCCUAGUUAUCGCUGAAUUUAUAGAAGUUCAUUUUAUCAUAACAAAUAGUCAACAUCAUCGUCGCAACCUUGCGUGCACGUAAUACAUGCUUCGGGCGCUGGCGACAUGCGAGCACCUCGCGUAAUGACAUACGCCGCAAGGCGAUAGAAGGCCAUAAGGAAGGAAGCGAGCUGUGUUUACAGGCAGUGGGACAUCCGCGGCUUGCCAAAGCGGCCGUGGGCAGGGGCUUACGGCAACGCGCCCCUAGGCAGUCGACGCACUGGCGCUCGCAACUACUGGCGCCCGUGAGCCGGCGCGGCGGCCACUAUGUACAGUGACGAUGAGGAGGCGGAGAUAGCGGUGGACAUCAAGCGACUCUGGGAUGUCAAGAUACCGCUGCUGAGCCAGGGCCAGAAGGAGCCGCUAAAAGCUGUCAUCUCGGCCGCAAAGAACAAGGACCCAUCUGUGGUGUGCACGCACUAUGACGUGGACCGGCGGCGCUUCUUUUACGGCAUGGACAACGGUGCCGUGUGUUUCUGGCCGCUCGAUCAGUCCAGGCCCAACACCAGCCGCUUCGUGGGCGCGCACAAGGGGCCGGUGUCGGCCAUAUGCACGCCGCGCAAAGGCGACGGCCAGCUGGGCAAGGCGGGACUGAUCGUGACGGGCAGUGUGGACAGCAGCAUCAAGAUAUGGGACUACCAGGGCAAGGUCAUUCUGGAUCCUACGGUGUGCGUGCAAACCCUGUAUGGUCACAGCGGCACGGUGACUGCGCUGGUGAUCCUGGGUGACUACAUCGUCAGCAGCAGCACGGACGGCUCCAUCAAGAUGUGGCGCCAGGAGGAGGGCCGAGGCCAGCUGGUGUACCCCUGGUUCGAGCUGCAGGCCACUGUCGCGGGCAUGGAGGGCUGGGUGCGCUGCAUGGCGUACGACAGCAGUGGGGCGGUGGGCGACCUGGGAGCCGUAUUCGCGGCGGACGAGUCGGGCGGCGUGACCAAGGUGCUGCCGGAGGCGGUGUGGGACGACAGCAUACAGCGGCUGUCCACCCGCAUGGACUUCAAGAUUGACCAGCGGGUGGAGCGGCUGCACGACCGCGGCAUCAGCGUCAUCCGAUACGUGGCCAAGUGGGACAUGGUGCUGACGGUGGCGUACGACCAGUGCCUCCGCGCCUACGACGUCAAGUCCUCACAGGUCCGGCAUGCCUGGGUCAAUGAACGCGGCUGUCAGUUCACCACCCUCGAGAUCAACAUUGAAUUCGACGAGGUGCUGGCGGGCGACACCAGCGGCGUGCUGUCCAUCUUCUCAGUCCGCACCGGCCGCCUCAUGGUCACCAAGCAGCUGGUGGCGCCGCCCGGAGGCGCAGCCGCCAGCCGCCGCGGCGUCAACGCGCACGCCUCCGCCGCCUCGGGCUCCGGCACGGGGUCGGGUCCCAGCGGCAUCCUGUCUGUGACGGCGGUGCUGGGCCGGCAGCUGUAUGCGGUGACCACGGCUCGCGAGCUGUCGCUGUGGCUCAUAGAGCACGAGCUGGAGUACAACGUGGCGCGGGGCGGGCACGACAAGGCGCUCAUCAGCCUGUACAGCUGCUCCGGAGGCGUGGCCGGCCCCGGCGGCGACCACGACUACCGCAUCUUCUCCGCCUCCAUCGACAACACGGUGCGGCUGUGGGACCCGUACGACAUGGCCUGCAUCCGCGUCAUGGAGGAGCUGAGCUCGGAGAUCAGCGCCAUGACGUUCUACGAGGGAUGGAACCUGCUGGUCACAGGCCACGACAACGGCGACAUCCGGCUGUGGAACCUGGACACCGGCUCGACGACAACGCUGCGGCAGCACACCAACACCGUCACCUCGCUGGAGCUGGCGCUGGUCCACCGCAAUGAGGAGCUGCUGAUCAGCGGCUCCUACGACGGCUGGGUGGUGCUGUGGGACAUACGCAGCCUGAGGGGCGAGGAGCCGCACAUGGUGGCCAAGUUCCGGGCGCACGGCCCAGACACGUCCAACGGCCUGGCCUCCGGCAGCAGCAACGGCAGGGGCGCGGCCGAGGCAGCGGCCGCAGGCGGCAGCAGCGGCGUGCAGACGCCUGAGCCGGCAGGGCACACCGGCGGGGCUGCAGCAUCGACGUCACUGUCGCGCAGUGAAGCGGCAAAGGCGGCGGGCGUGGCGAUGGGCCUGGGCCCCAGUGCGGUGGCGGCGCUGCAGGGGGCGCUGGGGGGGCCGGACACCGAGAUCCUGGCGCUCAAGUUUGACCCGCUCAAAAAGGUCAUUGUGACGGCCGGUACGGACCGGGUCAUCAAGGUGUGGGCCGCCACCGGGUACGAGUACCUGGGCUGCCACACGGGGCACACGGACGCGGUGGGCUGUCUGGCGCUGGACUCAAACUUCCUGUUCAGCGGCAGCGACGACUGCAACAUAUGCCUGUGGGACACGGUGCCGGCCAGCAGCGCCAGAGCCAGCACCUACGCAGGUCUGCGCACGGGUGCCAGCCCUGGCCCAGCCCUGGCCCACUCCACCUCGUUGCUGAGCGGGCAGGCCGCAGCAGCCGCAGUGGGUAGCGUCGGCGCCUCCUCCUCCGGUGGCGCGCCGCCGGCCUUUCAGCUGACGUUCAGCGGGCGGCCGCUCAAGACGCUGAAGGGCCACACCCGCAAUGUGACAGGCCUGGACGUGCUUCCCUCCAGCGGCAACCUGGUCAGCUGCUCCCUGGAUGGGCAGCUGCUGGUGUGGGACUACGUGAGCGGAACCGUGCUGCACAGAUUCACGCACGAGAUGGAGGAGUUCAGGUGCCUGGCACUGCGGUACGACCGCCCUGAGGUGCUGGUGGGCACUGUGCAGGCCAGCCUGCUGCGCUACACCAUCCACGAGGCAGCUGUGGCGGUGCCGGCCAAGACGCGGCUGGCGCGCGGGGCGGGGCGGCCAGUGGCUGCGGAGCCGGGUCUGCCUGAGGACCUGGGGAGACUGGCGCUGGAGGAGCAGCAGGGCAGCGGGUCAGACGGGUAGCGGCUAGGGAGGUAGUGACUGCGUGUUUACGGGACUGCGAUUCGAGUGAGAAGCUCGCGAGGUGGUAGACCUGCGGUCGCAGGGCCUUGCUGACGCGCUGCGAUAGGACCCGCGACCUACUUGGCAUGAGACGAUGGGGAUGUGUGACAAGGGGUAACGUUAA